GAAAUGUAGAGUGAUAACCACAUUCUCCUGGGCUACUGUCAUCGAUGUACCUCUUGACGGGCUCGCUGCUUCUGUCCCGUCUUGCCACUUCCCGAACCUCUUGGCUUCCGUGUCGUCAUCUUCCUUCUGUCAUCUCGUGCGCCAACGCCACUCGUUACUUGUCUAUGCAGCCGAUCACAACACCUUUGACGCAGGCGGCCACAUUUCUCGUCUUACGCGUGUUGGACAAGCCCGACGCUGUGGACAAGGUGCGCGCUGCGCUAGCGAGAACCUCAGAUCUGUCAAAGAAUGUGGCGGUACGCGACCAGACCGCGGCGUUUGCCUGCACGGUGGGCAUCGGCAGUGACGCGUGGGACCGCCUCACGCGCGCCGCACCUCGGCCCAAGGAGCUGCACCCCUUUGUCGAGAUGCGAGGCGCCAAGCACACGGCUCCUUCGACGCCUGGCGACGUUCUCCUGCACAUCCGUGCCGAGCGCAGAGACCUCUGCUUUGAGUUUGAGAGGCAAAUGAUGGAUGCACUCGACGGCGCGGUCGAUGUCAUUGAUGACACCACUGGCUUUCGCUAUUUUGACGGCCGUGAUCUCUUGGGUUUUGUUGACGGCACAGCCAAUCCUGUGGGCAGCGAUGCUUCGAACUCUGUUUUUGUAGAAGCAGACGAUGGCGAUCCAGCAGCAACCGGCGGGAGUUAUGUUGUGGUGCAAAAGUACUUGCACGACAUGCGGGCCUGGCGCACGCUGCCUACCGAACGGCAGGAGAGUAUCGUAGGCCGGCAAAAACUCGACAAUGUCGAGCUCGAUGAUGCGGCUGAGCCCGAGCAAAAGUCGCACAAGACGCUGGCAUCCGUCGAAGGGCACGACAUUUUGCGCGACAACAUGCCCUUUGGAUCGCCGGGAACCGACACAUUUGGCACCUACUUUAUCGGCUACUCACGUAAACUCUGGGUCACGGAGCGUAUGCUCGAGCGAAUGUUCGUGGGUGAUCCUACAGGAAAGCACGAUCGCAUUCUCGACUACUCGCGGCCGGUUACUGGGUCAACGUUCUUUGUGCCGUCGGCAGAUAUGCUCGAGUCCCUUGGCGAUUGAAAUCCGAAGCGAUUUGCAUGCAUUGACGAAGAGCUUGCGCGAACCUCGCAGAACGUAAUCAAUGAGUC